AUGGCAAUUACAAUUAGUCAAUUAGAGGCACAAAGUUUGGGAAAGUUACCUUCUCAAUCAAUUGUAAAUCCAAGGGAAAAUGCAAGUGUAAUUGUUCUGAGAAAUGGUGAAGAGGUUGAGAUUCCAGUAAAAAUAACCCCUAUACCUUCAGACCAAGAAAAUGAGAAAAAUGUCACUUCAGAUAGUUCUAUUCCCGUCGAUAAAAGGGAUGUUCCUGAUAGCGACAAUAUACUUAAAUAUGCUAUUAAACAAGUACCUCGUUAUGCUAAAUUUUUGAAAAAAUUAUGUACAAUUAAGAGGAAACAAAAACUCAAAGGAUGUGAAAAGGUAAUAAUGGGGGAGAAUGUCUAUACGAUUAUUCAAAGAAAGCUUCCUGCAAAGUACAAGGAUCCAGGUACGUUCACUAUUCCUUGUAUGAUAGGGAACACUAGAUUUGAGAAGGUUAUGUUAGAUUUAAGAGCAUCUAUUAAUGUCAUGCCAUACUCUAUAUAUGUUUCUUUAAAACUUAGACCUUUGAAUGAAACUGGUGUUGUGAUUCAAUUAGUUAAUAGAUCAAAUGCCUAUCCUAAAAGUGUUGUUGAGGAUGUGUUUGUGCAAAUUAAUAAUUUGGUUUUUUCUACUGAUUUCUAUGUGCUUGAUAUGAAGAAUAAUGAUCAAACAGCUCCUAUUUUGUUAGGAAGACCAUUCUUAAAAACAUCUAUGACUAAGAUAGAUGUCUAUACUGGCACACUUGCCAUGGAAUUUGAUGGUGAAAUUGUGAAAUUUAAUAUUUAUAAUGCCAUGAAAUACUUUGUUGAUGAUAAUCCUGUUUAUUCUAUUGAUGUUAUUGAUUCUUUAGCACAUGAGAUUUUUGAAUUGAAUAGAAAAGAUGAAUUAGAAGUUGUCCUUAGUAAACAUCUUAAGAAAGAGAAUGAGAAGUUGGCUUUGAGUAUUGAUUUGUAG